AUGCUCCCCCGCGAGGGGUUCAAAGGCGAUGCUUUGAUCUCCCUGAUCAAGAACACAGCCUUCAACCCCAAGAUCCUACUGCCACUGUUCCUACUGGCAAAAUACACCAAGCAAGGCCAGAAUCUCACCAUCUUGCACCCGACCGCAUUUGCCAGAGUCAGAAAGCUGCUCAUCUUGAGCCUGCUAGGUUGGGGAAACAGCUGGUUGACGAGAAAGGUGAACAACAGCUGGGUAGACGACAAGUACGACUGGACUGGCAAAGAAAUCGUCGUCGUAACCGGCGGCUCCGGCGGCAUAGGCGGCCUAAUCGUCCAACUCCUGGCCGAACGCUCCAUCAAAACCGUCGUCCUCGACAUCCAACCCCUCACCUUCCACCCCGGCCCCACGGUAACCUACUUCAAAUGCGACCUCACCUCCCCCUCCUCCAUCGCCCACGUCGCCUCCCUCAUCCGCGCCCAGGUCGGCAACCCCACCGUCCUCAUCAACAACGCCGGCGUCGUCCAAAACAAGUCCAUCCUCGCCUCCACCCCGCGCGACGUGCAAUUCACCUUUGACGUGAACCACUUCUCCCACUACUCCACCGUCCGCGAGUUUUUGCCUUACAUGAUCGAGAAGAACCACGGGAUGGUGGUGACGGUGGCGAGUUUUGCUGCUUGGGUGAGCGUGCCGAAUAUGGUUGACUAUGCAGCCUCAAAAGCGGCGGCGCAGAGUUUCCAUGAGGGGUUGACGGCUGAGAUUAAGACUACUUACGGGGCGGAGAGGGUUAGGACUGUGGUUGUUAAUCAGGGGUAUACCAAGACUGCGCUGUUUGAGGGGUAUCAUAAUGAUAGUCCGUUUCUGCUGCCGGCGCUGGAGCCGGGGAGCGUGGCUGAGGCGGUUGUGAGGCAGGUGCUCAAGGGGGAGAGCGGUCAGGUUAUUUUGCCAAAGAUGGGGAAUAUGCUGCCUUUUCUGGGGGGCUUGCCGGGGUGGUAUGCGGGUCGGUUGAGGGUGAAGGGGGUGGGGAUUAUGAAGCAGUUUAGGGGGAGGAAGGUGGUGGAGGAUGUGGAGAAGUUUUAUGAGGAGAAAGAGAAGAAGGAGGAGAAGGGGGUUGGUGAGAGUACGGUGCUUGUUGAGUAA